UCGGAAACGGAAGAAGCCGGGUUUCCAUGGCGGCGGCGGUGGCGACCGAGGUUCCCGUGCUAUGGCGGCGGCUGCUCGAGUAUUUGCCUCGGGGCAGGCCGGUUUGGGCCGCCCUCUUCGGCCGCCUCUCGGACCGCUUGAGCCGGGGCCGCGAACGCCGCGCUCGCAGGUCAUCAUGGCUGCUUUUGGCUCCACUACUCUCUCCUGUUGUUCCUCAACUAACAGUCCCACCUUGUUCAGUCUGCUCAGAGGGAUCACAUAGAUUUCAGUGGAUCAGAAACUUGGUCCCAGAGUUUGGAAUUGCCAGCUCUCAUGUCAAGGUGCUUUCAUCUCCAACAGAAUUCUAUGAACUUAUGAAGAGACAGAUUAAGAUGGCCAAGAAGCGAAUAGUUCUGGCUUCGCUGUACCUUGGAACAGGGCCUCUGGAACAGGAACUAGUGGAUUGCAUUGAAAUGGCUUUGGAGAAUUCCUUGCAGGAAUGUGGGACUUCCAGUCUUACAGUGUCCAUUUUGCUGGACUUCACAAGGGGAUCCCGGGGCCAGGAGAACUCUCGGACUAUGCUCCUUCCACUCCUGAAGAGAUUUCCUGAGCAGGUCCGUGUCUCUCUCUUUCACACUCCUAACCUACGUGGUCUUCUUAGACUCCUAAUCCCUGAGCGUUUCAAUGAGACCAUCGGGUUGCAGCAUAUCAAGGUUUAUCUCUUUGAUGAUAAUGUGAUCUUGAGUGGGGCCAACUUGAGUGACUCCUACUUCACUAAUCGUCAAGACCGAUACAUGUUCCUUCAAGAUUCCCCUGAAAUUGCAGAUUUCUUUAGUGAGCUAGUAGAUGCUGUUGGAGAUGUGUCUUUGCAGUUACAGCAAGACGACACAGUCAAAGUGGUGGAUGGGAUGGUGCAUCCUUACCAAGGAGACAAAACGGCCUAUUGUGCGGCUGCAAAUAGGAGAGUGAUGGAAGUGAUCAAUUCUGCAAGGACCAGACAGGAGCAAUUGCACACUCGGACCUUCCACAGAAAUGGUGCAGAAGGAGAAAUCUCAUUGAACACUGAUAGAAAAGCAAUCGGUGAUGGGCAGCCUGAACCAGACACAUGGAUUUAUCCAUUAAUACAAAUGAAACCUUUUGGAAUUCAGAUAGAUGAGAUUGUCACAGAGACUCUCCUGAUGGAAGCAGAGCGGGGUGCCAAUGUUUACCUUACCACUGGUUACUUCAACCUCACACAAGCAUAUAUGGACCUGAUUCUAGGCACCAGGGCGAAGUAUCAGAUCCUUCUAGCUUCACCAGAGGUCAAUGGGUUCUUCGGGGCCAAGGGUGUGGCCGGUGCUAUCCCUGCUGCCUAUGUUUACAUUGAACGACAAUUUUUCAGUGAGUUGUGCUCUCUGGGUCAGCAAGAGAGGGUCCAGUUGCAGGAAUAUUCUAGGAAUGGGUGGACAUUCCAUGCCAAAGGUCUCUGGCUGUACCUGACAGGGAGCAGUCUGCCCUGCUUGACUUUGAUUGGGUCUCCUAAUUUUGGGUACAGGUCAGUUCAUCGGGACCUGGAAGCACAAGUUGCAAUAGUGACAGAAAACAAAGCUCUGCAGCAGCAGUUCCAUCAGGAACAGAUGCAACUCUACCUACAUUCUGGAAUGGUCUCUGCCUCAACCUUUGAACAGCCCAAUCGCUAUAUCAAGCUGUGGGUGAAGUUGGUGACACCUCUGAUUAAGAACUUCUUUUGAGAAGAGAGCGGUUGGUCCUUGGGGAUGGCUUUGAUGAAGAUGACAGGCAUGGAGGGUGUCAGCUCCUUCAGGCGUGCAUCGCUGAUGACGCCGGUUUGAACAUCCCAGCGAGCACCUGCAGCAAGACAAGGAAGAACUCAAGACCAGUUGCUUCACCUGAGCACAUGCUUCGUCGGCUGCCGAUCCAAGUAAAGGGAGCCCAGCAUGACUACUAGUCAUCUGUCAUUAGCAGCAUGGCUAAAGGCUCAAUGCCUUGGCUUGGAUGUGCCUUUUGUGCCAUCCCAAUACUUCUAUAAGUAUUUAUAGUGCUGUGAAUAGAAUUGUUUUUUUAAAAAAACCCCACUGGAUUUUAUGCUGCCCUGAGCCUGUAAGCAGAGUUAUUUUGUUACAAAAAGUUGCAUGCUCUCUUAUUAGCUUUCUCUUUUAGAUUUGUAGACAAGAAUAAUGCCCAUUUGCACUUAUUUUUUCCAAACCAAUUUAAAAUAACUUUAAAAAGAAAAGUUUUAGCCUAGACACUACAUUCCUUGCCUUGAAACUAGAAAUUUUAAUAAGAGCAGUUAACUGUUAAUAACAGUUAACUUGGUCUUAAAUGUUCCUCUCAGUCUGGAUGGAAUAAAAUGGGCAUGUGCUGCCCCCUGUUGACAUGGAAUUAAAAAAAAAGCAGCUACCAAA